AUGCAAUCCAGACAUCGCUCAGCAUACCGGAAAUGUCGGUCACAAUCAGUAGCCUACUCCAAGAUCAUUCAGAAGUUUUGUGACCAAAUCGGUGUCCAGGACGCGGAGAAAGUAGCUUCCGGUCAUGCAUUGAGAGCCAAAGCUGGUACCAUCAUGAAGGGGUUGAGUGUUGAUCCCCAUGCAGUUGCUCGACACAUGGGACACAAGAGUAUCGAUACGCAAAAGCACUACACCGAAACCACAUUGGCCAUAAAGUCCACCGUGUACAAUGCUCUUGGACAUGGAGGUAUCCGUCGAGUAUCGAUCGAUGACAAUGACCAAAAGCCCGCUGCUUGA